AACCAGACCCAACAAGGAACCUAGCCAACUCUAUCCUCCAACAGCCAUUAUCGCCGACAUCCAAGUUGCCAUCAAAACCAUUGUGACCAUUAUUGUAAUGUUCCUCUCUACCUCUAAACCAUAAAAUUUCAAUAAUCACCAAAUCUGAUGAUUUCCCAAUUUUCAGGUCUUUGGAUUUUUUUUUUUUCCUGUACUUUGGAUUUUGGGUGUUUACUUAUUUCAAACCUUCGUAGCUCAAUAUGCAAAGUCAGGUGGUUCUCUUAGCAAGAAGGCAAGGCUGGAAAUUUCACUUGGAGUUGUCACAAUUUUUAUUCUCUUACUUACCCUUUAUUGGUUGGUAAGGAUGAAGAUGAAAGGUAAGCGUAGGCAAAAUAAAUAUUCAUUUGAACUUACUGCUCGGUCAACCUACUUCGAAGAAGCUGCUGGUGGAUUAGUUCUUGAUGAUAGUAGAAUAAACUUGGAGUUACUAUUAUUUCAUCUAAACACCAUAGCCACUGCCACAAACAAUUUCUCCAUUGAAAACAAGCUUGGAGAAGGAGGGUUUGGCCCCGUUUAUAAGGGGAUACUUUAUGAUGGAAAAGAAAUAGCAGUAAAAAGACUAUCCAAGUUUUCUGGCCAAGGAGUUGAAGAGUUUAAGAAUGAAGUUCUUCUGAUUGCAAAACUCCAACAUAGAAACCUUGUUAAGAUUUUAGGUUGUUGUUUUGAAGGUGAAGAGAAGAUUCUAAUCUAUGAAUACUUGCCAAACAAAAGUUUGGACUCUUUCAUCUUUAAUGAAACAAGGAGAGCAAUUUUAAGUUGGACAAGACGCUUCGAGAUUAUCUUGGGGAUUGCUAGAGGCUUAUUAUAUCUUCAUGAAGAUUCAAGACUAAGAAUUAUCCAUAGAGAUCUAAAGGCCAGCAAUGUUCUAUUGGAUAAUUCUUUGAACCCAAAGAUUGCAGAUUUUGGUAUGGCUAGAAUAUUCAGAGGGGAGCAAACUGAAGCAAAUACAAAACGUGUGGUUGGAACAUAUGGUUAUAUGUCACCGGAAUAUGCAAUGGAGGGACUGUUUUCAAUAAAGUCUGAUGUGUAUAGUUUUGGUGUUUUAUUGCUAGAAAUCAUUACUGGCAAAAAGAAUGCUGGUUCCUAUGAGAAGUAUCCAUAUUCAAAUUUGAUUGGACAUGUUUGGGAGCUGUGGAAAGAAGGCAGAGCUGUGAAAAUCAUUGAUUCAUCUAUAGGUGAAUCUUACCUUGUUAGUGAAAUAAUAAGAUGCAUUCAAAUCGCACUCCUGUGUGUGCAAGAAUUUGCGACUGACCGGCCAACCAUGUCGGCAGUUGUUUCAAUGUUAAGUAAUGAUGCAGCUCUUCCUUCACCGAGACGACCCGCAUUUUUACUGAAGACAAUGAGUCCUAGUGGAGACUCAUCCAGCAACAAAGGAGGUUGUUCAGUAAAUGAUGUCACAUGUACAAUCGUAGAAGCUCGCUAAAGGUUUAUUGUAUGUCAAGUGCAACGAUAAUCUAAUUGAGCAACGUAUGGAAGAUUCUAUUAUCUUCCAAUUGGGCUUCUGAG